AUGAAAGGACUUCAUAGUUUUACUGAGAGAUAAAACUGUUUUUGCAGCAGAUUAUGCUGAUGUCUUGCGGCAGCAGAGGUCACAUGUACCCAGUCAGAGGAAGUUUGUAUAUUAAUAAGUCUGAAUGUCUCUAUAAGUGCAAAAGCUUACAGCUUUGUUUGUGUAAACCAUAGGCAAUUGAACGGUUUGCAUGUCGACACGGCUCUCAUUCCUUGUCAGUUGGGUGUUGGUAAUGAGCCACAUUACAGAGCGGUUUUAAUGCAAUGGCAUCGCUCAGAGUGUCUCUUCCUCUGUUGCUUCUGCUCAUGAUUGUAGGAGCUUUUGGAACAGAGUGGAGUGUGAAGUACAACCAACAGAAAAUAUGUGCUUUAAAAGGAUCCACAGUGUUUAUGAAUGGCACUUUUACUCACCCGGGUGGUCAAACAGUGACAGAAGUUUUCUGGGUUAUGGACCCAGAUCAGAAUCCGAGUUGGCCUGAUAUGUCCAAAAACGCAGAUUAUUCAGGCAGAGUUGAGUAUUUAACUGAUGAAUGGAAACACUUCUCCCUCAAUCUGAAUAAUGUAAUGAAGAAGGAUGAACACCAGUAUUGCGUCAGAAUCAAGACAGAUCAAGAAAAGCAAAAAUAUUUAGGAAGACCUGGAGUUACGCUAACUGUUACAGAGCUCCAUGUGGAAACUCCUGGAGAAGUGACAGAGGGAGAAACAGCAGAUCUGACAUGUAAAACCACCUGCAGUCUGACUGACCCAACAUUCAUCUGGUACAAAAACGGACAUCCUUUAACCACAAAGACCAUCAACAACAACCAGCUCCACCUGCAGACAGUCAGCAGUGAGGAUGCAGGCAGUUAUAGCUGUGCUGUAAGAGGAUAUCAACACCUCCACUCUACUGCUCAGAAUCUCAGAGUCAGAUAUCCUCCAAAGAAUGUCUCAGUGUCCAUCAGGCCCUCUGGUGAAAUAAUGGAGGGCAGCUCAGUGACUCUGACCUGCAGCAGUGAUGCAAACCCACCUGUGAAGAACUACACCUGGAUUAAGGGAUCAACAUCAGUAGGAGAAGGAAAAACCUACAGUAUUCCCAACAUCAGAUCUGAGGACAGUGGAGAAUACACAUGCCAGAGUCGGAAUGAUCAUGGAGAGAGAAGAUCCGCUGCUGUGCAGUUAAAUGUUCUUUAUCCUCCAAAGAAUGUCUCAGUGUCCAUCAGUCCCUCUGGUGAAAUAGUGGAGGGCAGUUCAGUGACUCUGACCUGCAGCAGUGAUGCAAACCCACCUGCGAAAAACUACACCUGGUUUAAAGAAGGUGGAACCUCACCUGUAGGAUCUGGACAGAAUUACAGCAUCAUCAGCAUCACUGCUGACCACACUGGACUGUACUGCUGUGUAGCUCAGAAUGAACAUGGAGCUCAGAGGACAGCUGGAGUGCCGGUCUCUUUAAAAGGCUACCCUGUGAUUCUGUAUGUAGCUGUUGGAGUCGGACUUUGUUUUAUUUUUUUAGUCUUUCUCACUGUAGUUUUGUGGAGAAGCAGGAGAAAGAAGCAGGAUGAAAAUAUGGAUCAACCAAUCUAUGCGAACGAAGGCGAAAAAGACCACAGUCCACCUCUUGAAGACAAAUCCAGUGUAUACGCGAAUGUUGUUGCUUUUAAGAAGCAGCACUGAGACUAUCGCCAACAGUAUUUACCACACCCAAAACUGCACUAACAAUCCAAUGGACAACCAUAGCUGAGAGAAAGAGU